CCACCACCACCACGUUUUCACACCAAUGAGCAUGCCGCGUGUAGCUCCCACUCUCUGGCAUCAGAAGCACGAGGCGUCUCUCCAGAGCCGAGCUGAACAGGCAGAUUAAUACAAACAUUCUGCCAAACCCACCGAGAGGAAGGGGAUCGAGGGUCCAGCAGCUCUCGCACACACAGCACCGGAGUCAAGGAUCUGCACCAUGAAGACCAGACUAGGCUGCCUGUCCAACAAGUCGGACUCCUACAGUGACUUCUCCGAGUUCCUUCCCCCCGCCCACCAAACUACUGCCAGGUGUCUGAAGCUCUCCACGGACGAGGUGGUUCGGUGGUCCGACUCCUUUGAUCACCUCCUCUCUCACAAAUAUGGCCUCGCCGCCUUCCGGACGUUCCUCAAGUCGGAGUUCAGCGACGAGAACAUCGAGUUCUGGAUGGCCUGCGAGGAGUACAAGAAGAUCAAGAGCUCCACCAAGAUGGUGUCCAAGGCAAACAAGAUCUUCACGGAGUUCAUCGAUGUCCAGGCGCCAAGAGAGGUAAACAUUGACUACCCGACCAGGGAGAAGACCAAGAAGAGCCUGGAGGACCCGUCCCCGAGCAGCCUCAACGAGGUCCAGGCCAAAGUCCACGGCCUCAUGGAGAAGGACUCGUACCCGCGGUUCCUCCGCUCCAAGAUGUACCAGGAGCUGGUGAACAGGGCCCACGCUCAAGGCCAGCGGCGGUCGGUUUGAAUCCCACGAGCGACCACAGCUGGACAAAAAAACUGGACCUAUACUGUAAAUCACUCAUUAACCCUUUGACGUCAUCUGUCAAUACUGUGAAUCGGCGAAGGGAGGGCGGCGACGUGCUUGACCGUUUCCUGUGUCCACAGCAGCUCCGUGCAUGAACCCCCUCUAGAUAAGAUGUGUCCGGGUGAACUGAGCGGUCGAGGGACGGGGGGCGGAGGAGGAGGAGCUCCAUGUUCACCUCUUUUUGUCGCUGUAUUAAUGAAAUAGACGUGAUAACGAUAUUUAUUACAAUGGAUGAUUUUAGUUUGGUGUGCUUUUAGUUUUAGUAAAGGUCAUAAGGUCAUACAAUUAGAGAGUCUUGGUACGAGA